AUGGCGGGGUGGAUCUCCUCGAAGCUGAAGGUCGCCGAGAACCUUCUACAUCAGGCAAGUAGAAACCAGUCCCUUGCUCCCUGGUUUCGAUGGUCAUGGAAUUUUUCCGGUGAUGGUUCUGCUGUGGAUGUCGUUUUUGUCUUUUGUUCGAAUGGGAAUUGGUCCAGAUCGAUCAGCAGGCGGCUGAAUCCUUGGGUAAGGGUGAGCGGCCCCAGUCGCCGCUUCUGUUGGAUGAAGGGGAGGAGGACGAGGCGCAGAGGAAGAAGGCGGAACCGGUGCCGGUGAAGCUACAGCUCCCGAAGAAGCCGCCUGAGAGAGGGCGAUCUCAGGAUUCCGGCAAUCGACCGGCGAGGGUGUUCAAUUCGGCAGAUGUAUCCAGGACCUCCUCUCCCUCGACGCCGCCGUUGGCGAGCCCCGGCUUGGCGACAUCCUCCGUGGCGUCCAUGGAUGGUGACUGGACCAAACUGCUCAGUUCGCCCAAUUCCGUCAGUACCGGGGGCAGCACCUCCAGUGUCUCAUUCCCAUCUCCCAGGAGCACAAGAAAGCAUGUUUUUCCGAAUCGGAGGAGCUCUGGCAAACCUGGAAGGCAUGCAGAAGCUGCACUAGCAGGAGAAAAUGUGCAGCACCCCCACACAGCUCGUGAUGGAACUACUACCGAUUCUUACGUUGGAAGUGACGCUCGUCGGACCAUUGUUCUACCGGAAGCUGCCGGGGCUGCACCAGACCCAUUGAACGAUCGGCUCUCUCUGGAGUCUCGUGGGGAUAUUGGGGCUGCUGUUUCAAAAACUAGUAUAGACAAAAAAUUGAUCGAGAAAGCUCAUACUGGAAUCCCUGCGGUGGCUGCUUGGGGUAAAGCGAGAGACGUUGACUCUUCAGUCUCUAAAGAGGAUGAAGGUAUCAUGGUGCAACCGGUGACUGAUUUGAAGGGGCAGGCUGGCGCAGGUAGAAGUGAAACCGGUAGUGUAGAGGAUGUGCAGGAAUCUGCUGUGACUCUGCAUGGUUCCCCAGACAUGUUGUCAAGAAUUACUCCAAAAAGCAGUGGAAGUUCUGAGUCAGAUUCAGACUCGGCUUCUUCAUCUGAUUCUGAAUAUGAGAGUGAGAGAAAAAUGGAGAGAAGAAAGAGAAAGGAAAGGGUUCUUGCAGAGAAAGCAGCUGCCCUGGCUGCAGAAGCCAUUAAAGAACGAGAGAACCUUGUUGCCAGGUUAGAGGGAGAGAAACAGAGUCUGGAGAAAGUCGUUGAAGAGCGUCAGAAACAACAAGCACAAGAGGUAAGAUUUUGUCCUGAUAAUCAGCUUCCUUUCUAAUCAAUUCGACAGAUGGAAACAUAGUGGUCAUAAUUUCCCCUUUGGACACAAUAAGAGUUCUGAGAAGUCUUCCAUAAUGUAAUGUAUUGCAUUCCGCUGGGGAGCGGUCAAUAGUUUCAGUGUAAAUUCAACUAAGGUGUUAUGUCUUUGACCAAAUAAUUAGUCCUACUCUAUACAUGUCAAGAAACUCAAACCCACCAUCCACAUAGCUACACAGUAUAUAAUUGAGAUUUCACUGAGGACCAUCCUUUAGCCAUUCACUUCCUCUGUUAUCCUCUGCAUCUUCAUUAUGUGAGUCUGGACUAAAAGUUGGUGGAAUUAUAUGAAUCUAAAUUUUUUGCUUCUGUACUACUAAACGAAAAACAGCGUUUUCCUAACUUUGUCGUUAUAUAAUGAAUAGUUCUUCCCUUAUCUCUGGAUAAUUUAUACACAAUGGAAUUUGCAUGAAGGUAUCUCUCAUCCGUACAACUGAUGUUCCCAUAAUCUAAGUUUAAUCCUUGUGCAAGCCUAGAAUUUGAGAAAGAAGACAUUUUCUUUAGGAAUAUCUGUGGGUGUGACAUGCUGAUGCUCAUUAGAGACAUUGAUCAGUUGUCCAGACAAACACCAAGCCCCCCUCUCUGUCCUUGAGAAAAAGAAAGUGUUGACAGUAAAAAGCAUGCAGAUGCGGAUGCAAGAAUAAGCUUCUUGCUUCGUUUGGACGCAAGCUAUUAUAUUUUCUUCCAACCAGACUACCAGGUUUGUAGCAAUGGGUAUGGUGAUAUCUUGAGGGCACAUAUCUGGUAUGAUAAUCUAUGUAGCAGAGCUGGUUGGUAUUAGGAGAAAAUUCUGUAGUUGCAUUUUACCAUAUAUGAACGCUAAAAGUGACACAUAUAUAUAUGCUCGCUUCUGCAACCGUCUCCCUCCAUUCCUUACACAUAUUUUGCGAGAUAGUUAAACAAAUGUUAGAUGAUUAUUUGGAAUUUUUUUAGCUACUUAUCAGGUUAGAUUUGGAAGGCACUUCGUACUAUUUGUCGCUUCCCACAUAGGAACAUAAGAUCUUGUCGUUUUUGGGAUUAUAUAUGCUCACUUCUGUACUCUCUUUUUGUCACUAACCCGUCUUUUUAAUCCCAAGCCUGGUCUUGUUUACUGUUGAUCAUGCUGUAUGGAAAGAAUCGUUAAUGUUUUAACUGGAUAGAGUUUGCUUAGAGAUUUACCAUUGACCACUUUUAUAUUUCCAGGCAUCACAGUUGCAGUCUAGUAUGAUGGAAGCAAUGGAGGCUGUGGAACGUGAGAAGCAGAAACACAAUAGCACUAGAAUGGAGGCCCUUGCUCUCUUGGCUGAACUUGAGGUGCAAUGCCUUGAGAUGUUGAGUUUUUCUAUUUCAUUAAUUGUAAUAAAAAAAAAUAUAUUUUUUAAACCCUGACCAUGGGGGUAUUGCAAUUUUUUCGGUUAGUUAUUAGGAGAUUCAGUGCCUGAAGAUUUUAAAAUGGUCAUUGCUGAAAUUUGAAUGGUACUGCAGACUAGAAAUGCUGAACUUGCCAGAUCUUUGGCGACCACUCAGUGGGAUCUUCAAGUUGAGGUAUGAUAUGGUUCUCAUUUAUUUAAACUCGUCUUCAUUAAAAUAUCGAUUUUAAUCAUUUUCUUUAUACAGAGGAAUUCAAUGUUGUUAUGGAUCCAAAUAAAAAGAAUAUAGUCGAAUAUUUUAUAGCACAAGCUUAACGUUAAAUUUUGAAGAAUCAUUUACUGUAAAAUUUAUAAUAUAUUAAAAGGUUUAUUUAUUUCAAUGAUAUCGUGCCUUAGAAAUUUGAUGAAAAGAUAAUUGGUUAAGAAGAAGUGUAUGGUUUAUGCAUUCAUAAAAUAUCGAAGGUAGAAAAUUUGAUGAAAAUAACUGCAAUGCGUGAUGGGAAAUCCAAUGUAGCGUCACACAUAAUUUCUUGGUUGAUUCAGUGCUUAAAGUGCAAUGAGAGCAUUGAACAGCUUAAAGGAUGAUUUAGCUAUUCUAUAUUUAGUAUUGUUACAGAGAUAUUAACUGCACAGUUGAUGUUUGGAUGGUCAUAAUUGUACAUAUGUUGUGUCCGGUGAACAACAAUGUUUUUUGGAAAACUUGAGCUAAUUAUUUCAAUGGGAAAUUUGUCAUUUGAUUAGCAAUGAAUCUACCACAGCUCUCGUAUUUUUUCCAUUGGGUAAAGUAGGAAGUGAUAGCGGGCAAGGAGAAAUGAAAAUUAAAUUGACGUCGUUCUCUUCUGGCAUAUCUUUUCUUUUUACAAGCAUUUAACCGACUUCUCUUAUUCACAAUGCAUUAGGUGAAUCGUGUAAUGGAACUGCGUGAAAUGGUUGAAUCAAAGGAACUGGCACAAGAAGGUGUCAAUUUUUACUUAUAAAGCAUUGGAAAUUCACAAGAUAUUUUGUUCUAUCCGUCACCUUUUAACUGUUCUUGUUUCUUUUCUGUUUUUUGUGGGUUUGGCUUCCAUUGCUGUUUUUCGUUGUCAACUUUGAACAUCUUUCGUAGUUUCCAAGUGCAGUAUAACAUCCUUUCAGUAUUUUGCACUCAGAAACCAAAGAAAUUCUUCUUGGUAUUUUAACAUUUUUUUCACAGAGUUUGGACCACAAUCUUCCAAGUGCAUUUUGAUGGAAGAUUGUGGGGAUCUUUUGGAAAUUAGUUUACGAUUUUCCUGGAGAAGUUAGAAACUGAAGAAUACAUUUCUUUCUGAAGGCAUGGUAUGGGCUGAAUAACUGAUUCCUGUGAUUCUUAUCUAAUGUAUGCCUUCCAUCGUUGUUCCGAGAUAAAUUAUUUGAGAUUUUAUCUCCUCGUCGAAUUUGGUAUUGUUUGGAAUAAUGUAGUUGGCUUACGCUUGAUACAAAUUAGCAUUUGAUUAUUUCCGUUUUGUGGUGCAGAGCUUAGAAGGAGAAUGUCAGAUAUUCGUCCGAAUGCUUCUUCAGACCAUGUCAGCUAGUUCUCCUAUUCAUCUUGACUUUUUCUUUUGUUCAUUGCCUUACAACUGAACUAGUAAUAAUGUUGACUACAGAACUCUUUACCUUUCCCAUCCAGGGUUAGUUUUAUAGUAUGCUUUAUCAAUGCUUUAACUCGAUUCCUUUCCUAAUGGGGUCUGUACUAAUAUUUUCCAGAAAGAAGCAAAAAGAAAUGAAUAUGAGCGUGAAGCACUCGAGGCAGAGUACUAUUUCAUAUGUGAUAAGAUUGGCCAAAUGAAAGAAAAGGUUGGUUGUGCGUUUACGUUUUCUUGAAAUAAACCGCUAGAAUUUUAUUUUUUUUCUUAGUCUUGUGCAGAUUUUUCUGAUAGCUUUGGGCGUCACAAUUUUCUUUUUCCAUCAACGAAAUAAGAGUUCACUUAGAGACUUUGUUGUCGCAUAAGCUGUUCAUCGACAUCAAAAGUUAACGCUUUGUUUCUCAAGCAAGCAUUCGAGCCAUAAAACCGGAUGUUGACAUUUUAUCAUUGGUAAAAUCCAAAGGAUGGGUUUUAUUCAGCUGAAUGUAUACAUAUUUAUCAUCAUAGAUGCUGAUAUUCUGACCCUGUUCUUCUUGGCUGCAACUUUGCCUGCUUAUUUGACUUCUCUGUCUCCCCCUUGGUUGGGGCCAGUGAUGAUACAAUAAGAGCCUAUUUUCAUCAUCUUGCAUGCUUUUUAUUUUCUUGAUGUUGCACCUCUUCCUCGAAAUAAAUUGCUGAAGUAUCCCAAUUCUUUCCCAAAAAGAUUUUUUUUUAAAAAAAGGGCUUACAUGUUAUUGAGAGACGAUUUACUUUAAUUGUCUGAUUUGUUUGUUGGCCGCAUUUGCCUCUUGAAGGUGGGGAGUCUGGAAAGGAAUAUUCAGUCGACAGAGGGAUUAUUGCACCCAACCGAGGUGGAGAUCGAGCUGAAGAAAAGGCUGGAGCAGUUCACAGAUCAUCUUAUACAGAAGCAAGCCCAGGUGCCGUCACUAUUUCUUUAAUCUUUAGAUCUAUCUCUGAUUUAAUUAAUUUAGAUCACCAGUGCCUGGAGAACCAUUUUUUUUUAUCUAUUAUAGAAAAUAACGUGCGAUCAUGACUAUAUUUCAGUUUUAUGGUUGAUAUAAGAAUGGUUUCACAUUUAUUAAUAUAGAAAUGAAGCGUUGACUUCAGAGAUGGGAUGAGUUGGUCUGCCCAAGAACUGUUGACAAUUUUCCAAAGGCUAUGUGAAUUUAUUUGGUUGAUCUAAGAUUGAUUCCACAUUCAUUAAUAUAGAAAUAAAACGUUGACUUUAGAGAUGGGUAGAAUCAGUUUUCCCAAGAACUGUUGACAAUUUUCCAAAGGCUAUGUGAAUUUAUUUGGUUUAAGAAUGAUUCCACAUUUAUUAAUAUAGAAAUAUAACGUUGACUUUAGAGAGCGCAGAGUUAGUCUGCCCGAAAACUAUUUGACAAUUUUCCAAAGGCGGUAAAGCCUGUGAGAUGAUUCCAUCAUCAGUGAAGUCCUCGCGAAACUAAAGGCUAAGACCCUAAAAUCGUCGUUUGAAAAUAUUUUUUUCCCGGAUCUAGCAUUAUUACUUUGACUGAACAUUCUUGGCGCUGACCCAGAUUUCCCUCUGACCUUUUUCAUCAGGUCGAGUCUCUCUCCUCAGAGAAAGCUACCUUGCUGUUCAGAAUAGAGGUAUGUGGCCCCCACCAUCCAUUUCCUUGUCUAUAUCCAUGAAUAUUUUCCUUUCCCUCUUCGUUCUGAAUGCUCACGAUUCCCAGAAUAAAUAAAAUUAUUACCUGGAAGAUUAUUCUUCCUAUGAAACCAGAAACUUUUUGCAUUCCCAGCCUUUUUGAACAAUCGUAGAUAUAAUUUUAUUUUAUUAACCAUAAAUGGACAUUGAAAUCCAUCAUAUGUGGAUUCCUUCUAAACAACAAAAACCCCGUUGACCCCACAGUGAUGGGUCAACUCAUUAAGGCGGCGGAAAACCGACACAUCCCCGUUGACUUCAUGAUUUUUCCCAUUUCCCAUUUUAGUUGGAAGCUUCUUCUAACUGGGCUAUCUCUGUCCGAGUUGCAGACGAUAUCCAGGUUGCUUGAAGAAGAGGGGAAGAACUCGCCGGAGGGUUCGGCGAGGGUUGACAUCGAGGCCGGCGGUAGGGUCAACCGGCCGGCGGCGUUGUAUUCCACACUGCGGCCGCUGAUCAGGGCGAAGAUUGACUCCGGCGAGCGGCAGCUGGGGUCGUUCGUUCGGCAGGUCGACGACGUCUUCGCCGCCGGCGCCGUCUUUCUGAGGAAGAAUCCGGCGGCGAAGGUGGCGGCGUGGGCGUAUCUGGUCUGCCUCCACCUGUGGGUGGCGUAUAUUCUGACCUCCGAUUCCUCGCCGGCGGCGAUGGCCGGUUCAUCGUCGGAGAGGAUCAACAAGACCUCAGUCUCUUGA